AUGCCGUUCAUCAAAGUCCAGAAUAAGACACUGUUCUACGCCCAAGUGGACGCUGAAACAGCCUCAAAAGAUGACCUAGUACUGGUAUUCAUCCAUGGCCUUGGGUCGUCUCAUUCGUUUUAUAUACCUGUCAUGAACCAGCUUGCGACUGCAGGGUACUCAUCAAUUGCGCUGGAUGUCUAUGGCAGUGGUCUUUCCGUCUUGUCAGAAGCGGUAGAAGAUCCUACAUUUGACACAAUCGCGAGUGAUGUCAAGGCUUUACUGGAAGGACUAAGCAUUCGACUCGAAAAUGCCGUCGCUGUUGGACAUUCCAUGGGCGGUAUCAUUGUACCAAAGCUCGCCCUGAAGUGCAACCUUCGCGGUGCUUAUUGGCCCUGUGCUGCCAAAGCCUGCGAUGGCCGAGAUCUUCAAUACGCGCAUAGAGACAGUCAAGAAAGGCAAGUCAAUUUGAAGUGCAGCGAGUAUGAUCUGGUAUUAAUAUUGGGUUUAGAAGGAAUGGAGCCAAUGGCCAAGACUAUUCCCUUCGCUGCGACAGGUUCAAAAGCAACUUUGACACAAAAAGCAUUCAUUCGAGCUCUGUUACUGUCGCAAAAGCCUGAGGGUUACAUUGCCUUGUGUCGUGCGAUUGCGCAAGCAGACUUGCCUCCUUAUGCAAACAUCAAAUGCCCUGUGCUUGUUCUUUCUGGUGAAGAGGACAAAACAAGCCCGAUUCCGGAUGCGCAAAAGAUAUUGAAGGAUUGGGGAUGCGACGACUCGUCCAAGAGCAUGCAUAUUUUGCCUGGGGUUGGUCACUGGCACUGUAUUGAGGCAGCAGAUGAGGUUGGUUCUAAAAUACAAGAGUUCCUACCCAAACUGGGUUAA